AUGUGGACACCUGGAACUCGUCGAAAAAUUCUUGAAGAGUCUUUUUCAACAUUACGGGAAGAAUUCGAACUUAAUCCAAAAAAACCUUCGUUCAAAUUAACGUAUACGGCUUCCAAAAUCUGGCCCCACCGAGAGAGUGCAACAAAUAUUUUAAAACGUUCGUCAACUAACAGUAACAGCUUAACAACUCCCAUAAGAAUUGCAAUUUUGUCUGCUUCUUUUAACCCUCCUACAAAAGCUCACCUUCAACUGCUUAUACAGUCAGCAAUCGAUGUUAAACUUGAUUUAAAAAGGAUUUCCUCAACAAAGGAUGUGUCAUUCUUUGACGCUUGCCUCUUACUUUAUUCUGCAAAUAAUGCAGACAAACUUGUUUUACCAUCAGACGCGGGCCCAAUAGAUAGAUUGCUUAUGAUGGAGGCACUGGCCGCGCACAUUAAUUCAGUUCAUUAUAAUGAAGUUCAAAAUGUUGCUGUAGGAGUAUGUAGUCAUGGAAGGUUUUUGGACCAAGCAAAAGCAUUACUUUCAUUCUUUUCUUCUUCCAACAUUGGGAAUUCUAAUCCAAUGAAUGUUUCGCUCUAUUUCCUCAUGGGAUUUGAUACCAUAGUACGUUUUUAUGACCCAAAAUAUUAUUCGGAUAUACAUAAGGAACUUCAGACUUUUUUCGAAACGAGUUAUAUCAUUUGUGCAAAUCGUGAUGGAUAUGGCGGAGAGAAGGUUGAAGAAGAAUUUUUCGAGAGUAAAACUGUUGUAGAUCUUUCAGGAAAAGAAAAAGUAAUUCGAGUGAAAUUAGAUCAGGAAAUUGCAAAGAUGUCCUCUACUAAUGUUAGGAAAUUUAUAAGAGAAGAAUGUAGAAGUGACCAUAGUGACCGGGAGGAAAGGAUUAAGAAAAUUGUUUAUGAGAUGUGUCCGGAACCUGUUUCUGAGUUUAUUAUUGAGGAAG